AAUACGCCAGCACUACCUAUAUUUUCAUUUCAACACUUCUUUAUCCCGUUGUGCAGCAUAAGCAUUUCAUACUCUACUCUCUUCUCCUUCUCAUUCCCAGCCAUAGCACCAUGGCCAAAGAGCCCGAAAGCGCGAAUCUAGAUCAACCACCACUCACAACCCGACCCGUCGGUGGCACCGAAUACGGCUGGUGCAAAGCCGUACCUGGCGGCACAGGCUCCACCGUCCUCAGCCUCCUUCUCUCAAAACCACCACAAAUCCCUCAUCUCCAAAACGCCCUCCACAAACUCCAAAAUUCCCACCCUAUCCUCCGUUCAAGGAUCCACUUCGACAACACCACCAACACUUUCCUCUUCAUAACUCCUCCAAAUCCCACCGUUCAAAUCCAAUCCUUCGACCUUCAACAAACCGAACAAAUCCUCAACGGUCACGAUCACGACGAUCUCGUCGAUCCUUUCCACAAGCUACUCGAACACGAGAUGAACCUUGACAGUGACACGCGGCGAUAUCGUAAUGACGUUGACGUUGAUGUUAUGUACGCUAGCACGUACGCGAUUGAUGAAAAACGGUUAGCGGUGUUUCUCCGGUUGCAUACGUCGGCGUGUGACCGUGCUGCGGCGGUUGCGUUGUUGAAUGAACUGUUGAGGCUCGUUGCUGCUGGUGGUGGUGAUGGUGGUGGAGUGAAGGAGGAUAAGGUGAAUUUGGCGAUUGAGGAUCUGAUUCCUGAAGGGAAGAAGAAUAAACCGUUUUGGGCGCGUGGAUUUGACGUGCUUGGUUAUUCGCUUAAUGCGUUUCGGUUUUCGAAUUUGAGUUUCGUGAAUGCUGAUUCGCCACGAAGGAGUAGGAUGGUGAGGUUGCAGCUCAAUGCUGAUGAAACCAAGAGGUUGCUUGAUGGAUGCAAAUCAAGAGGAAUUAAACUUUGUGCGGCACUUGCAGCAGCUGGAAUGAUUGCCGCAUGGGUCUCUAAGCACCUUCCUGAUUAUCAAUCAGAAAAAUAUGCGGUAGUAACACUCAUUGAUUGUCGCCCACUUCUUGAUCCAGUACUUUCCAGCAGCCAUUGUGGAUUUUACCAUUCUGCCAUUUUAAACACCCACGAUGUUUGUGGAGAAACUUUAUGGGAGUUGGCUAAGAGAAGCUACACAUCCUUUGAAAAUGCUUUGAGCUACAACAAGCAUUUCUCAGAUAUGGCUGACCUGAACUUCCUCAUGUGCAAGGCCAUUGAUAACCCUGGUUUGACACCAUCGUCAUCCCUUAGAACUGCACUGGUCUCUGUAUUUGAUGACCUUGUCAUUGAUGAUUCGAAUGAAAUGCAUGAAGAGCUUGGAUUGGAAGACUAUUUGGGUUGCGCUUCCGCACAUGGUGUUGGCCCAUCCUUAGCAAUGUUUGACGCCAUACGGAAUGGAAAGUUGGAUUGUGCCUGUAUAUAUCCUUCACCCCUUCAUUCAAGAGAGCAGAUUCAAGAACUAGUUGAUCAUAUGAAGAGAAUACUUGUGGAUGCUUGUAACAGUGAAAAUCAAUAAGUUGAUCAAUAAUUUAUUUACAAGCAUGUGGUGAAAAUUUCUUUGACCAAUUCAUAAGCUUUGUUGCCUCUUUCAUUUUCAGUUUGUGGUAAUACCUUCUCCAGAAAUGCAGAUUAUUUCUCUGCUCUGAGAUGGUCUCAAGAAAUGAGAGGGUUAUUGAUUUAUUUCAGUCAGAAACUUAGACAAUUAUGACUGAAUCAAGUUACUAUAAUAUGCUUUCACACACCUUGCAUACAUA